AUAUAGUCAGAAGGGAGAGAAGCGUGUGGCCUCCACAAUUUCAGAUUUUGUUUUUUGGAAGGGAGGGAAGAUUUUCGAUGGCGUCGAUGUUGAGUAUGGCGGUGGGUGCUGGCUUCUCGUACGGCGGAUUGGGGCUGAGGCCGAGCAGGGCCGGAACCCAGCCGAGGCCGAGGAGUGCGGCGGCGGUGGUGAGAGCGGAGGCUAUAAAUCCAGAGAUCAGGAAAUCAGAAGCGAAAGUAGUUGACUCUGUUGUCGUCACUGAACUCUCCAAGCCCCUCACCGCUUACUGCAGGUGUUGGAGGUCUGGGACUUUCCCUUUGUGUGAUGGAAGCCAUGUGAAGCACAACAAAGCUACCGGAGAUAACGUUGGACCUUUACUCUUGAAGAAGGAGUAGCAAUAAUAGUAAACCUUUGUUUGUUUUGUACUCCUUGAUCUUAAUUUGAACUCAUGAUGGAACAUACCUCCUGAAUGAUGUUUGACUAGAUAUGUUUCUAGUACUUGCAUGAAUUUGUAUGAGCUCCUGGGUAGCUAUUACUGAACCCCAAGUUCUUCCACCUAUGUGUGAAUGUGGAAUGCAAAUUUUGUGUUGUGUUUGAAUGAA